AGGAGAAGGCGUGGCCUUGUUUUGCAUCUGAAGCUGCGCCUGUUUAGGGGUAAAGUGAUGCCCAGGUCGGGCUCCCCGCCUGGCAGCAAGCAGCUGCCCUCACUGCACACGCGCAGACCGAGCGCCGGCGUCAAGAGACGGAGAGAGAGCGCGCUUCCCACAUAAUGCGCGUCUGGCUGCCAGGCAUUCGUCUCAGCCCGGACUCCCGCCAGGCUGGCCUGGCGCGCCCACGUCGGAAGAGCGAUGCCCCGGGAGAUCAUCACCCUGCAGCUGGGCCAGUGCGGCAACCAGAUUGGGUUCGAGUUCUGGGAACAGCUGUGCACUGAGCAUGGUAUCAGCCUCGAGGGCAUCGUGGAGGAGUUCGCCACCAAGGGCACUGACCGCAAGGACGUCUUUUUCUACCAGGCAGAGGAUGAGCACUACAUCCCCCGGGUUGUGCUGCUGGACCUGGAGCCCCGGCUGAUCCACUCCAUCCUCAACUCCCCCUAUGCCAAGCUCUACAACCCAGAGAACAUCUACCUGUCAGAGCAUGGAGGAGGAGCUGGCAACAACUGGGCCAGCGGAUUUUCCCAGGUGUCAAGGAAACCAUCCCAGAUGGUUGUUAAUGUUUUCACCUUGGGGCAGUGUGAGAAAAUCCAUGAAGAGGUUUUUGACAUCAUAGACAGAGAAGCAGAUGGAAGUGACAGUCUAGAGGUGGUGCUGGACAACACAGCCCUGAACUGGAUCGCCACAGUCCGCCUACACAUUCAGAACCCGUCCUUCUCCCAGAUCAAUCAGCUGGUGUCCACCAUCAUGUCGGCCAGCACCACCACCCUGCGCUACCCUGGCUACAUGAACAACGACCUCAUUGGUCUCAUCGCUUCCCUCAUCCCCACCCCGCGGCUCCACUUCCUCAUGACCGGAUACACCCCCCUCACCACGGACCAGUCAGUGGCCAGUGUGAGGAAGACCAUGGUCCUGGAUGUCAUGAGGCGGCUGCUACAGCCCAAGAAUGUGAUGGUGUCCACUGGCCGGGACCGCCUGACCAACAUUACCACAUUGCUAUCCCGAACAUCAUCCAGGGAGAGGUGGACCCCACCCAGGUCCACAAGAGCCUGCAGAGGAUCCGGGAACGGAAGUUGGCCAACUUCAUCCCCUGGGGCCCAGCCAGCAUCCAGGUGGCCCUGUCGAGGAAGUCUCCCUACCUGCUCAGCCCACUGAGUCAGCAGGCUCAUGAUGGCCAACCACACUAGUAUCUCCUUGCUCUUUGAACGUUUGUGCCAGCAGUUUGACAAGCCGAGGAAGUGGGAUGCCUUCCUAGAGCAGUUUUGCAAGGAGGACAUGUUCAAGGACAAUUUUGAUGAGAUGGACAGGUCCAGGAAAGUUGUACAGGAGCUCAUCGAUGAAUACCAUGCUGCCACACAGCCAGACUACAUCUCUUGGGGCACCCAGGAACAGUGAUUUCCUAUCCCAACUCUCUUGGACAAGAGGCACAGCCUUCACUGUGCUUGGCCCCUCUGACCCAACUUCAUGUUACUAACAACAUUUCUUGGUCCAUCUCCAGCCCCUAAACUGAUCCUGCUUCUUUUCCAUGCCCUAACCCUUAAUAUGCUUGUAUAAAAUAAUAAAGCUUGAUUGUCAGUAUA